GGGACGGUGAAGGCGCGCUUCGUGUACGUCUUCGUCCUGGGCAUCCUCUUCACAGGCUCCAAGGACCUGCUGAGGUCCCAGGUCAUCACAGCUGACGCCCGGCUGAAGAGCAGGGGAUUGUGGGAAAUCUACAGGUUGGUACCCUACCCGGCAAGUAGCCUAGAGAAUAGCAAGCAAUUGGUAGGUGGCAAUUUAGAAUCCUGUUAGAAAUGUUCGUCUGACAUUCGUGUACAUUGUUUUAUUCAAACUUUAUUGAACCAUUCAAGUCCGUUUAGAAUAAAUAAUUGUUCUUAUUUACUCAUAUUACAUAGUUAUUGGACAAUAAAGUAAUCUUCUUACAGUGGUGUGGUUCUGUUGGUGGCCCUGUUGUUCCGGGCACACAACCUGCCGGUGCUAUGCUGCUGCCUGCUGGUCCAGACCCUGAUGGCCCAGUUCAUCUGGAAGAAGCUCCACUACGACGCUGCCCAGACCACCAUAAUGCACUACUGGUUCGGACAAGCCUUCUUCUACUUCCAGGUAAGGGGCGGUUAGAUUAUAUAGUAUUCAUUGUGGAGAAUGUUACUUGUAACCUGGCUAUGCCUGGCUAUGACUUUUUCUUAAGAGGAAGAAAAAGUUAGUAGCCUUGGCUUGUGAGAGCCUUAACGGCUCAUACAGGGUUUUUCACUAGCACUGGCUGUCGGCUAUACAACCGAUUACAGACUAAUUUUCAGCAGGGUACUUUUUCCUCUUAAAUUAACUAGGCUACUUUUCAAUUCGCUAGUCAGAAAAAAGUCUGCCGAAGGCCGGUCCCGCUAGAAUGAACGAUAUGCAUCUUCUAGCGAUCUAGUGAUAGGAAAGGUGCCUGUCAGUGACAAAGUGAGCGAUUACAGGGAGACACUGCUGGUUUGACAGUCUGCUGUCUGUCCCGCCUCUCUGUACCUGGGUGUGUGUUGUGUGAGCUGUGGUUGCAGUCAAAUUUCUUUACACAGAGGGAGAGAGUAUGAAUUUGUACGUCCCAUGUAAUGUGGUAAUAAGGAGUCGAAAUCCACUUAGCCUAUUGUUUCCUGGCACAUUCAUUUAGAUUCUUUCUAUGGCCUGCUGGCCCGGGGCCAAUAGAAAAUGUGUCGGUCGGGCUAGUGGAUCUCCUCUGUCGGGCCAGUAACUUUUCAGCACAUUUUUGCAUUCCAAUUCAACAUUUAUCUGCUCUGUCACAGUCUACCAUUGAAAACCAUUGAAGACUACACAGGUAAAUGCCAUGCUAUUUGUAUUUCAGCAAUAUGAUUGGCCGUUCAUUCAUGCACAACCACGCUCCUGCGAGUCAUAACUUCUCGAGCACUUGAGCAGUACAUGAGUUGAUGCCUUCACACAGCACACGCGAGCUGUCCAGAGUUAAAAGAAGCACCCAUCAAUCUACUCGCUGAGCUUAUUUAUUUUAGGCAAAGUGAGUCACAAAAGUAAAUCUUCAAUAGUGAACACACUAGCAAUAUGCUGGCUACUGUUGAUAGAAAGCUGCUUUAGCCAUCUAGUGGUGGAGAGUCGACUCCAAAAUAAUGACUCCUUGCCUGUCGACUCCCAAGAUUCUGUAUUUUUGUAACGGAGGAGACUGAGUGGUUGCCGUAGGCUACUUCCGAGAACAUGAACUCUUGCAUCUUUCACAGCAACGAAAGAGCGAUGUAGUGAGGGAGAGAGGGUGGAGGGGCACAGCUAGGCAUAGGUAGGCAGUUCGGCCACCAGGCAGACAGUCAGAACCGUGCAUCGGUAAUCAAAAGCUGUAUCUUGCAAUGUCUCGCAAGUUCGCUAAAGUAGGGGCUAUCAAUGAGUAGGCUAUUCUACAUGCGAUAGACCAAAGACUGAACACACACUCAAAUCUUUCAUAGCGAAUAGAAAGAGCAGGUGAGGCAGUGACGGCCAAUAGGCCACUGGCGUAGCGGAAACCCUGGCAGCCCCGCAAGGAGGGGGGACCCACGAACUCUGGGGGCCCAUGCGCCCAUCAUCUCACACCUAUGUCAAAUACAUUUUGACAGUAACACUCCUUUUAAAAUUUCCACAUGUAGCAAGCAAAGUGUUUGUGUUGUCCAUUCUACAUGGGUAGUAGGUGAGUCAGACAGACAGUAUAGUUGUCAUGCAUCUAAUUAGCCUAUUUCUCAGCGACGCCAGCGGCAGCCUACCUCAGCCUCCUAAUUUGUUAUCAAGUUAAAAAAAGUUAUCUAAAUCAGGUCAGACUCGGAGGGAGAGUGAGUGCGUUGUUCAACAUGGAUAAACAAAAGGCAAGGCCAAGUGAAAAAUGCAGCAAAAAAGCUUUAUCUGAUCAAGAUCAUGCCAAAUUACCGAAGAUAACCACAUCAGCUAGCUAUUCUCCCAGUCUCGACAGAGACCUUAUUGCCCGGGCACGGUAAUGACAGUGGCCUUGCUCCUCCUUCUUCCUCUUCUCAACAAUAGUGACAGUUCCUCUAGUGAGAGUGCCGGCCCUCCUCCUCCUCCUCUCCCAGAAAACCCAGCUGACUAAUGCUCUUGUGGCUGAAUGGAAGAAAGUCCCCGCAGCAUUGUUCCAACAUCUAGUGUAAAACCUUCUCAGAAGAGUGGGGGCUGUUAUAGCAGCAAAAGGGGACCAACUCCAUAUUAAUGCCCAUGAUUUUGGAUUGAGAUGUUCGACGAGCAGGUGUCCACAUACUUUUGGUCAUGUAGUGUAGCUAUAAAUAGGCUAGCAGGCACAAACUUUCUAUCCAAGCUGCGAGAGAGUGCAAAGAUGGCUAAGGUAGGCUAUAGGUCUACAGGACAGAAUAUAUUCAAAACAAUUAUAUUGGUUACUGAUUAGUAUGCUUUUGCACCGAAAAUGCAUUUUAUAAUCUACAAUUUUUGAUUUUCCCACUUUAAUUACUGAACAAGAAAAUACACUGAACAAAAAUAUGAACGCAACAUGUAAAGUGUUGGUCCCAUGUUUCAUGAGCUGAAAUAAAAGGUUAUUCCUUUUCAUGGUUUUGAAUAAGAGUACUUUUUGAACUCUACAGAUAUUUUCUCUCCCACGCACUGGCCGCCUUUCAUUCUAGCCUGAGCGCAAACCCUCAUAUUGGCUUUGUACUGAAAUAAAAUAUCCCAGAAAUGUUCCAUAAGCACAAAAAGCUUAAUUCUCUCAAAUUAUGUGUGCAAAUUUGUUUACAUCCCUGUUGGUGAGCAUUUCUCCUUUGCCAAGAUAAUACAUCCACCUGACAGGUGUGGCAUGUAAGUAAGCUGAUUAAACAGCAUGAUCAUUACACAGGUGCACCUUUUGCUGGGGACAAUGAAAGGCCACUCUAAAAUGUCCAGUUUUGUCUCACAACACAAUACCACAGAUGUCUCAAGUUUUGAGGGAGCAUACAAGUGGCAUGCUGACGGCAGGAAUGUCCACCAGAGCUGUUGACAGAGAAUUGAAUGUUCAUUUCUCUACCAUAAGCCGUAGUUUUAGAGAAUUUGGCAGUACAUCCAACCAGCCUCACAACUGCAGACCACGUGUAACCAUGCCAGCCAAGGACAUCCAAAUCCGGCUUCUUCACCUACGGGAUCGUCUGAGACCAGCCACCCGGACAGCUGAUGAAACUGAGUUUGCACAACCGAAGAAUUUCUGCACAAACUGUCAAAAACCGUCUCAGGGAAGCUCAUUUGCAUGCUCGUCGUCCUCCCCAGAGUCUUGACCUGACUGCUGUUAACCGACUUCAGUGGGUAAAUGCUCACCUUCUAUGGCCACUGGCAAGCUGGAGAAGUGUGCUCUUCACGGAUGAAUCCCGGUUUCAACUCUACCGGGCAGAUGGCAGCCAGUAUGCCAUCAUGUGGGCGAGCGGUUUGGUGAUGUCAACGUUGUGAACAGAGUGCCCCAUGGUGGCCGUGGGGUUAUGGUAUAGGCAGGCAUAAGCUAUUGACAACAAAAACAAUUGCCUUUUAUCGAUGGCAAUUUGAAUGCACAGAGAUACCGUGAUGAGAUCUUGAGGCCCAUUGUCAUGCUAUUCAUCCGCUGCCAUCACCUCAUGUUUCAGCAUGAUAAUGCCUUGCCCUAUGUCGUAAGGAUCUGUACACAAAUCAUGGAAGCUGAAAAUGUCCCAGUUCUUCCAUGGACUGCAUACUCACCAGAUUUGUCACCCAUUGAGCAUGUUUGGGAUGCUCUGGAUCGACAGCGUGUUCCAGUUCCCGCCAAUAUUCAGCAACUUCUCACAGCCAUUGAAGAGGAGUGGGACAACAUUCCACAGGCCACAAUCAACAGCCUGAUCAACUCUAUGUGAAGGAGAUGUGUUGCGCUGCAUGAGGCAAAUGGUGGCCACACCAGAUACUGACUGGUUUUCUGAUCCACGAAUCUGUGACCAACAGAUGCACAUCUUUAUUCCCAGUCAUGUGAAAUCCAUAGAUUAGGGCCUAAUGAAUUUAUGUCAAUUAACUGAUUUCCUUAUAUGAACUGUAACUUAGUAAAAUCUUUGAAAUGGUUACGUUGCGUUUAUAUUUUUGUUCAGUGUACAUUAUUGCCGCCAGCCAGCAUUUUAAAUACAGUAGCAACAUUGCGACACAGUAGGCCUUUAGCGUCGUGAAACAUAAAUGUUAGGCUUAACAUGAGAAAAUGACGACCAAAUAAAAAUAAACAUGUAUCCAUUAAAGCAAAGCUAUAGGCUACUUACAAGCAUUAGCACCACAUAAUCUAAUAGCCUUCGAUAGGCAUCCGCGUAGACGUCGAAAUUUCAGAACCAUGGACAGCGAUCGGUGGCUGACUCAUUAGAUUAUUUUUUUUUUGGGGGGGGCCAAACUCUGAUUUUGUGGAGAGUCCAGAGAAACUGUGCUACGCCGGUGGCAUAGGCUAUUUCUUGGUAAUCUGUAUUUCACAAUGUCUUGCCUUGCAAUACUUCAUAAAUUCACCAAAAGUAUAUUAAACUAUAGAUUAGGCUAUCAGUGAGUAUGGCUAAGCUAUUCUACAUUGUGCCAGUGAAUUGAAGUUGAAUAACGCCAAAUGUGUCCGUUUAAUUAGGCCUAAAUGUGCAAUAAAAUAUAUUGUGCCUAUAGAUAAUUGAAUGAAACCCUGGCUGUUGAUGUCCUAGGCAAUAGAUCGUAAAGCAGGGCAUCCCCGAUUCCCCACUGAGCUAAUCUUUUUAGAAAUUGCAAGUUCACUUUCUCAUCCAAGUGUUGCACAUACUGUUCAGCAGCUCAAAUCAGCAGGAUGGGGGGCAUUUUUAUUAGGAGGGACGUCUACCAUGGAUCCCUAAAAUAAUGAUUAUGAUCACACUUCCUCAAUUUAAAUAUUAUCGGGACACCUAUACAUUUGGCAGCCAAGCACGAGUUAUCAGUGUAGCCUAUUAUCGUCUAGCCAUGACGUUGAAAUAUCUUCACGCCUAGAAAUUUUUUUUCCACUCCAGGCUUCUGUCAUAAAAGUGAAUUGAAUAAUUUAAAAAAGAAUUACAGGGGACCGUUUGGAAAAAAAUGAAUUCAGUGCGAAUUGUCCUCGGGAAUAACGCACAUGCUUGGAUAGUAAUUACAUAACCAAUGUCUCUAGUAAUACUAAUCUCGUACGAAUAGGGCUUUACAACACGGCAAAGAAUAGGCUUAUUGGUGUAGAGAUUGCGCCACAACAUCCCAUGGGAUCUGUCAAGGCUGCGCACAGCAGAAAUAUCACUAAAAUAUUAUAGUUCCUACAUAUCACCUUCUAUAUUCAAUAGGCUUUUUAUAAGUUGCAAAUGGGCAGCAUCAUGUUCAUGCCAGUCCUCCCUAGAACGCAAAAUUAGUCUUUCUAGUUCCUAGUAGGACUCUGCAAUAAUUUUACAUUUUAGUCAUUUAGCAGACGCUCUUAUCCAGAGCGACAUACAGUUAGUGAGUGCAUACAUUUUCACACUGGCCCCCCGUGGGAAAACGAACCCACAAACCUGGUGUUGCAAGCGCCAUGCUCUACCAACUGAGCUACAGGGGACAAUAAUGAGGUGGUGUGUGCACAGCUGUUUGUGUGUUUUGGGAGUCGAACAAGAGUCUACUCCAAAAAUCCUGGAGUCGUUCACCCCUAUCGAUAUCUCUUUUGGAACUUCUGUCUCAAUAAAGUGGCAGCAUCCUAUUUUCAAAUCUUCUCAAAAUGACAUACUUUACAAACAAAAAUGAAUGCAAUUAAUACAAUGCAAUUCUAAAGAAUAGAGUAAUGACUUGCAUUGCUAAAUUAUAUUACUUUAGCUUUUUAAUACAAAUCAUAUUAACCAAAUGUAGCCUAUUAAUAGCUGAAUAUAGAGAGAACACAUGCCAACCUAUAGGCCCUGCAUGAGGGCAAUGCAUUUAAGAACUACACCAUGUCUGUGCCAGUAGAAAUUCUGUUUGGGCCAGUAGAUUUUUGCCCAACUGAGCCAGUGAGAAAAAAAAGUUAACAUUGGACCCUGCCUUGUUUCACAUGCAGCCACGGAGUGGUGGCACAUAGGCUAUUUAUUUGUUUGUAUUUUUGAUAUAAAGUGCAUCAGGACUUGCCAGACAGUGAUUUUAAAGUGAGUGACUUGUCAGUAGCCUACCGAAUUAGAGAGCUGUUCAUGUGUCUCCCUAAUUUGCAUACUGGUAGGCUUUUUGGUGAUUAUUUGCAGAUAAAUUAUGAACACAUUAGAUGAAGAUGGUGAAUCCUCCUCACUGCAGGAACAGUAGGUAGGCUAGUGGAGUGGUAGCCUCACUCUGGUCCAAAAUAUGGAUUCACCAUCUUCAUCUAAUGUGUUCAUAAUUUAUCUGUAAAUAAUCACCAAAAAGCCUACCAGUAUGAAAAUUAGGGAGACACAUGAACAGCUCUCUAAAUUUCGUUUUUCUAAUGAGCAACAGAAAAACACACUUGCCAAUUUAUGUUUUCAAUGGCUCUUUAAAGACAUGCUUUGAAACUUUGGCGACUAUUAAGUAUUUUGCUGUGACAUAGUAUGCAAUUUUCGGGGACCACUUUUGGCUCGUGAGAGCUACUUUCAGAACUACUGGCUAAAAAGCAUACAAAGUACAAAAUAAUCGCUUUAAUGACCCUCCUCACUCUUGGUCCAUUAGUGUCCACUAGUGUUAAUUUUGGCAGCUAUUUUCUAUUUAGUUUUAGUCUUAGUGACUAAAAUACAUUUUAGUCUCAGUCACAUUUUAGUCAUUUCAUCCCUUUUAGUUUUAGUUAUUAUCAGUCGACUAAAACUCUGGAAAAGUUUUAGUCAGUCAUUUUAGUAAUUUAUUAGUCAGGUUUUUUUUCAUAAAAUAAUUAAUAUUCACCUUCAACGUCCAUCAUGUGCACAUUAAGAUAGCCUUGUCCAAUGAAGCCUACUAUCCCCUCAUAUAGCUGGCCACAUUGCUAUUGUGGCAGGUUGUAAGCAAUGCCAGCCAUGAUUUAGCCUACCAUAUAGGCUACAAAGCCUUGGCUACAGGUUCAACAAUUUAGGCAUACAGCUCUUUUCUCCCCAUCAUAACCUUGGGAUGGGGGUAAAUUAAAGUGAUUCCCUUAAAAAGGAUAUAAUCUGAUCUUUCCAAUAAUGCUACAAAUAUUACUCUACUCCUAAUAUUCAGCAAAUAGCAUUAAUAUUUCCAAUCGGGGAAAAAACAACUGCACUCACAUUUGCGUACCGCGAGCAUGGCAACACAGAUAAAUAACAGAGCACAUGGGAAAAUAGAGCUUCUGAUGUGAUCAAGGCAAAAAUAGCCUACAUGAAAGUUUUGGUUAGUUACAAUUGAAGUGUCCUGGCAUCCGUUCAAAAGAUUGUGACCGCCCUGGAGCUCUGUGCGAGAGCCAGGCAGAUCAGCUCGAUCAGACCGCGCAACUGAAAUACGUUAUUUCUGCCAAUGAGAGGAUUGCAUUAAAUAUUCUGCAAAGGAAUGCAUGCUUAUGAUUGGACAAAACAGAUUAAUAGGAGCUUCAUGUCAAAUUGAAUGUCCAUUAGUCUCACGUGGAAUUCUCGUCUUGUCACAUUUUCGUCAACUAAAAUGAAAACGUAUUUGUUAGUUUUCUUUUUUUCAUGGCAUCUCAUUUCGUUAUUGUUAUUAGUUUUCGUAAGGAAAAAUAAGUUGUCGACAAAUAUUUGGUUAGUCUCAAUAAAACUGUAACCCAGUCCUACUGUAGGCCGAGCUGGACAGCCCAAUGUCCUAAGACUCCGAUUGUAGCCGGUCCAUGGUCGGCUAUGUGGAACUUUUGAACAUACAGUGCCUUCAGAAAUUAAUCACACCCCUUGACUUUUACGCAUUUUUUUGUGUUACAAGGUGGGAUUAAAAUUGAUUUAAUUGUCAUUUUUUGGUCAACGAUCUACACCAAAUACUCUGUAAUGUCAAAGUGGAAGAAAAAUUCUUAAAAAACUAAUAUAUCUUUAUUACAUAAGUAUUCAACCCCCUGAGUCGAUACAUGUUAGAAUCACCUUUGACAGCUAUUACAGCUGUGAGUCUUUCUGGGUAAGUCUCUAAGGGUUUUGCACACCUGGAUUGUACAAUAUUUGCACAAUCUUUUUUUAAUUCUUCAAGAUCUGUCAAGUUGAUUUUUGAUCAUUGCUAGACAGCCAUUUUCAAGUCUUGCCAUAGAUUUUUAAGCCGAUUUAAUUCAAAACUAUAACUAGGCCACUCAGGAACAUUCAAUGUCAUCUUGGUAAACAACUCCAGUGUGUAUUUGGCCUUGUGUUUUAGGUUAUUGUCCUGCUGAAGGUGAAUUCAUCUCCCAAUGUCUGGUGGAAACCAGACUGAAUCAGGUUUAUCUCCAGGAUUUUUUUUAUCCAGAAAAACUCCCCAGUUCUUAACGAUUACAAGCAUACCCAUAACAUGACGCAGCCACCACUAUACUUGAAAAUAUAGAGAGUGGUACUCAAUAAUGUGUUGUGUUGGAUUUACCCCAAACAUAACACUUUGUAUUUAGGAUAUAAAGUUAAUUUCAUUACCAAAUUUUUUGCAGAUUUACUUAAGUGCCUUAUUGCAAACAGGAUGCAUGUUUUGGAAUAUUUGUAUUCUGUACAGGUUUCCUUAUUUUCACUCUGUCAAUUAGGUUAGUAUUGUGGACUAACUACAAUGUUGUUGAUCCAUCCUCAGUUUUCUCCUAUCACAGCCAUUAAACUAUUUAACUGUUUUAAAAUCACCAUUGGCCUAAUGGUGAAAUCCCUGAGUGGUUUCCUUCCUCUCCGGCAACUGAGUUAGGAAGGACGCCUGUAUCCUUCUAAUGACUUGGUGUAUUGAUACACUAUCCAAAGUGUAACUAAUAACUUCACCAUGCUCAAAGGGAUAUUCAAUGUCUGCUUUUUUUAUUUUUACAAAUUUACCAACAACAGGUGCGCUUCUUUGCGAUGUAUUGGAAAACAUCCCUGGUCUUUUUUGGUAGAAUCUGUGUUUGAAAGUCACUGCUCGACUGAGGGACCUUACCAAUAAUUGUAUCUGCGGGCUACAGAGAUGAGGUAGUCAUUCAAAAAUCAUACACUACUUUUGCAAAGUGAGUCCAUGCAACUUAUUAUGUGACUUGUUAAGCGCAUUUUUACUCCUAAACUUAUUUAGGCUUGCCAUAACAAAGGGGUUGAAUACUUAUUGACUCAAGACAUUUCAGCUUUUCAUUUUUAAUUAAUUUGUAAACAAUUAUAAAACAAUUCAACUUUUACAUUAUGGGGUAUUGUGUGUUGGCUGGUGACACAAAAUCUCAAUUUAUUAAAUUUAGCGUCUGCUAAAUGAUGUAAAUGUAAAAUGUAGGCUGUAACACAACAAAAUGUGGAAAAAGUAAACGGGUGUGAAUACUUUCUGAAGGCACUGUACAUGAUCCACUCAAAUAUGGUGUUGGGUUUGUCCGUUGGAGGGUGGCGUUGUCAUGCUCUUUGACAGAACGGGCCCUUUCACACACACACAUACACAUCCAGGCGAGAGAGAGGGGAGCUAGUGGCCUUCAUCAGCCAGUGAAUUAAUUCAGCUCCCGCUGCAGUCGCCGAGAGCUCUUCUAUCACAUCUGUGUCACUCCUGAGCCCUCGUCAGGAAAUGGAAAUAGAAAGGAGAAUGAGAGACUGGGCCAAAGAGAGUAGGGAGGAGGAGAGAUUAGGUGGAGGGGAAGGGAGUUUUCACCCAGUCACUGCAACCCUUACAAGGCCAGAGAGGUGACAGACAGCGAGCUCUGAAUAGCUAGCUACCUGCGAAGUGAAGGAGCAUGCAGGAGACUGACACAUUUUAUUCACAUCAGCUUUUGACUUCUUUCAAAAGUUAAUAUUGAGUGUAUUGUGCAAUCUUCAUAUAUUAAUUUACCCAAGGUUAAGUCAGGUGCAGUUAGCGAGGUUAGCUAACUUAGUUUGCCACGUUACCUAACUAAGUAUUUAUGUACUUUAGCUAACUAAGCUCCUUAAGCGACAUUACUUUGCUACUUUGUCUACUUAGUUACUAAGGUUAGUUGGGAAAAUGAAGCUUAAUAAAACGUACGUCUUCUGUCUGUCUGUAGGGGAACUCCAACAGCAUAGCCACGGUGGACAUCUCGGUGGGCUUCGUGGGACUGGAGAGCUACGUAGAAGCCCCGGCUGUCUUCCUCACUGUCCUCAGCACGUACGCCGGGCCGCUGCUCUGGGCUGCCCACCUCGUCUGCUACCUCAGCUCAGAGAAA